CACUCGUCGGCAGAUAAAAACAUUCGACUUUUAGCGACGGCUGCUGGGCUGAUUGUGCUCUUGUUUUGGAUGGUUCUGCUCUCGGACGGUGUAAAAAUGAUGUAAUUCGUAUACUUUGCUUGAUAAUUAUCCUUAUUAGUGUGUCCCGGAAUGUCGCUGACAUUGCUGAGAAGUCUGUGCCGGCAACAGCCGCGAAUCCAGCACCAAACAACGCUGGUAUACUAUCGGUUUUGUCACCAGCAGGAUCCCAAAAGGAACGACGGAAAUGUGCAGCAGCCUGAGAAUGCGAAGGAAAAACUUGCCGUCAAGUACAGCCGAGAGAAUGUCAAGCGGAACGUCCAGGGCUACGUAUUCUCCCGAUUUUUCGACUAUGUUAAAAACUAUGACAAAGUCCUGGAAAAGAAGUUUCCCUCCGCUAUGCACGUUUACCGUGUGUUUCUGGUUGGAGUGAAAGAGUUUUUCAACGACAUGAAAAAGCUAGUCAAGAUUACCAAAAUUGUGUACACGCAUGAUAACGACCUGCGUUGUUUGACCCGGAAGGAGAUCGAGCUGUACUAUCAGAUGCCGCGGGAUAUGAAGAAAGUUGCUCCAGUGUUGCUCGUUUCUGCGCUGCCGUUUGCCAACUAUGUGGUGUUCCCUCUAGCUUAUAUGUACCCGCGCACGUUCUUGACCCCUCAUUUCUGGUCGAUACAGCAAAAGGUGGAUUUUGCCCAGCAGGACCUAAAGCAGAGACUUCAUUACAACCGACGAGUUUUCCGCUGCAUGCAGGCCAAGUUGGAUGUCUUGAGAAGGAACAAUGAUCCUCUCUGCGAACAAUUCGGAAACAUUCUAGGCCUUCUCGGCAGUGGUCUACAUCCAACUUCGGAAGAAAUCCUCAACAUCAAGGAUCUUUUUGAGAGACCUCCUCUCCAUCUGAACAAUCUGUCGUCGGUGCAUCUGAAAUACCUAUGUAAGCUGCACGAUCUGAAUGCUGGGCUGAUGCGAAGAUACCGUUUGGCGGAGCGGUCCUACAUCGUACAUCACAUGGAUUUGGCCAUCAAACGGGAGGGUGGCGUUCACAAUAUGCCAGUGGAGUCGUUAAAGCACGCCUGUUUUGUGCGGGGAUUGAAUGCGACCAAUCUAAGUACAGAGAGUAUGAUCGACUGGUUGAACGAUUGGGUAAAAGUGUCCUUAAUCAUCAACCAGGAUAACAUUAGCUUAUUUUUGCAUCUUCCGGUUCUGCUCUCCUACAACCACCCGAACAAUUGGAUUUUAAUCCACUAGCAAGGUCGGGUAAUGAGAAUCGGAUCGACCCUUAGGGCCCAUGCCGAAUAAAAUACGGUUGAGUUUAUUUUAUUUUUAUCCUAAAACUAUGAUUUGAUUGUUAAUAAUAAAUGAAUAUGAUUCAUUUCUCGA